GAGUCAGCGCUCCGUCAGGGAGGGAAUGUGCGCAUGACAACAAUUAGCCGACUGUCUCUUUAACAAGGCAGAGAGGAGCCAGUGUUGAUCCAGAGAGAAUCAGACUCAGCUCCAGACCUCCACACCACUCAGGAACCAUGUCUGCCGUCUACCUCGUCCUCCUGCUGCUGCCUCUGGUCUCAGCUCAGACGUUUCACUGGGGUCCCUGUCCCAGUCCGGCAGUGCAGCCCGGCUUCAGCGUCCAAAAGUACCUGGGACGGUGGUACGAGAUAGAGAGGCUUCCCAAUUCCUUUGAAAAGGGGAAAUGCAUCGAGGCGAAUUACGCCUUGAGGAAAGACGGAACCAUCCGAGUCCUGAACUCACAGCUGUAUAAAGAUAAAGUGAGCACAGCUGAAGGAACGGCUGUGGUUCGCGAUACGAGGGAAAUGGCCAAACUUGGAGUCAGCUUCUCAUACUUCACUCCCUACAGCCCGUACUGGGUCCUCACCACCGACUACACCAGCCUGGCGGUGGUGUACUCCUGCACGGACAUCCUGCGCCUGUUCCGAGUUGAGUACGCCUGGAUCCUGUCGCGGUCGCGCUUCCUGCCGCCGGCGACGCUUCGCUACGCCAAAGAGCUGCUGGUCAAAGAAGGAAUCGACAUUUCCAGGAUGAAGGCCACCGAUCAGAACUGCAAAGACAACUAGGAGACCAGAGGCUUCUCAUAAUAUUUUAAGAUUUUCAUGUUUAAUUUCUAAGCACAACAAACUUUGUAUAUUUUGAUUCUGCUUUUCUGGUAAAGGGUCACUGAAUGAAGAUGGAUAUAUUAACUGAAGGGUUGUUGUGUCCUGUACUAUCACACUGUCACAUAUUCUGUAAUAAAUAAUGGAGAACUGGGUAUUUCUGUGAAUAAAAUGAAGACAACAAAUUGAAAACCAA